GUCACAUGAGCACAGAUCUGUUUACAAACCCAAGGCAGAGUAGAGCAGGAGCAAGGGGAGGAAAGGAAAGGCGAUUUGUAGUCUCUCUGUCAAUCUCUCUCUCAACCUCUCUCUCUCUGAGCAUCAUCAUGGAUUGAAAAGAGGAAGAGGGGAAGCCUGCCAUGACAAAGCCAGCUGGAGGAGCAGAUGGUUAGAGGGAGAGUAGGAUCCCCCCCACCCCACCCUGCGCACAUAAACACAUGCACUAACUGACACACUAACACCAGCAAAGCACCAAACCCAGCAAGAGGACUGUUGUUGACUGCAUGGAGCUGUGCUCACUUUGUUUGGGCUUUGAAGAAAGCACAUCUACACCGAGGAGGAAUACCCACUGCAAGAUCAGAGGACUGGAGGAGGAGACAACAGAGGAGAGGGGGUUGAGACUUGUGAAAAUCCUCGUCUAAAAAAGCAGCUUUGGGGAGGAAGACAAAGCGCAGACUAAUGCCAGAUAAUUGCCUUUAUUGGACGAGGACUGUCAUUUUAAACGGUGGGUGUCAUUGAAUUUGGCGAGGGGAGGACACCGCAGAAGGAAAAGAGAAGUCUAAGAGGCCUAUUUCUGCAGAAAAUUAGCACAUGAGGUCUCCAGUCCUGGUCCAAAUCCCAGUACCAAAUCUCCCAGUCUUUACACGGAGUGGUUAAUCCAGAUUUGGGGAAUGCUGGGCAGCACAGACUGCUGAGCCAACAAAACUGCACCUCCCCGAGGCUUUGUGGAAUCCGAGCAAAUCUGAAAAAUCUUGAUAGUUGUUUUUUCAGAGGAGCUGUCUGACACAAGCCAACAAAAGGACUGAAUAUUAGGCUCCAAACAGAUCCAGUUUCCGGAGCUCCAGCCCACGAGCUUGGCUACCCUCCAGCCUUCUCCUGACAGGGCCUGAUUUUACUGCUGCUACCCUGGGAGUCAAAUUUCAUGCAACCAUUCCAAUGGUGUAACGGAUGCCUGUGUGGUUUGGGUUCUCAGCGCUCUGAACACUACUGCAGCAUGACGUCUGACAUCUAUCACCUCCCGCUCAAUGUGUACGUCAUUGUGCUGGGCAUCGGCCUUUUUGUCUUUAUGCUGAGCCUCAUCUUCUGCUGCUAUCUUUUCAGGUUGAAACAACAAGGAACAAGAGAGCAGUUCAGCUACAAUGAGGUGGUGCUGAAGGGAGCCAGCAAGAAACUGAGCCUUCUCGGACAAACCUGUGCAGUGUGUCUGGAAGAAUUCAGGACCAGAGAUGAACUGGGAGUGUGUCCCUGCUCACAUGCAUUUCACAAGAAGUGCCUGCUCAAGUGGCUGGAGAUCCGCAGCGUCUGCCCCAUGUGCAACAAACCCAUCCUCCGGCUCCACACAGACGCUCCCCAGGGUGCAGAGGGUCCAAUGGAUCCGGAGGAGGUGUGAAAGAGCUGUGUGAGAGGAAACCAAACUCCCCUUACAGGAAACACACACAUUAAUACACUAGGGAUGAUGGACAGCGGUCAUCUUAAAGACAUCUCACAGGAAAUGUUGAUAACGAUCCCAAAGUGGCCGCCCUGCUGCUGACCUUUGAGCAAUACGCCUUGAUGGGAAUUGGAUAGUGACAGCGCCAAAAUGACUUGGUCAAAUCAGUCAGGGAGUGGGUGGAUGAAUAGGAUCUUUUCAUAAAAAAAAUGUGCUCCUAGUUCAACUUCCAUAUUGCACUGUUCACCAAAAAAAACUAAACAUGACAGGAAACAGGAGCCACAUUAGAGAGCAGGAUAUCAUUGCCACUGUCAUUGGACGACUAGUGCAGCACUGCCAGAGACAAACACUUCAGGCAUUGAGCGGGACAUCAGAGUACAGGAUCAGUAUGGAUACCUCUUAUAUCUCAGGGGUGUUACCAAUACAGCCAGCACAAACCCAUGUCAAGUCACCCUAUAACCCUGUGCCACACAUGCAUCUUCAAUACUGCCAAUGUAGGUGAAACGCAGACAGAGGUAGAGCCACAGCCUCCGUCUGAAACUAAGACCAGCGGGAUUACAACCAUGGCGAUUCAAAGUAGACAAUAUUGUUACAGAGUAUGUCCCAUGCCCUUUCCCUUUUAAAAAGAGACUGAUAGAAAACUAGUCUUGCCUGUAUGUAUUGUAUGUAAACAUGUCCCUAUAUAUUGUUAUUUUGUAUUUGUUGCUUUUAAAUAAAACGUCACGUAAUGUAUUGUAA